AUGCACACCUUUUACGAGAUUUUACUUGUUCCCAAUAAUGAAGGGGAGACAACGAUAUCAUUCUUUACCAAUGGAAAGAGAUAUCUAUUCAAUUGCUCGGAAAAUUUAAAUCGUUUCUGUACUGAAUGCGGAGUGCGUAUAUUCUCUGGAUUGGAUCAUAUUUUCAUUCCACACAUUUCCCCAACUUAUUUGGGAGGUUUACCGGGAGCAAUUAUUACUGCCUCCGAAUUACAACCUACCAACAAAAUUCACUUGUAUGGGCCUCCAAAUUUGUGGCAUUAUUUAACAUCAUUGAGACCAUUUGUGAAAACUUCGACGAAUUUCAGAAUUUUGUUGAACCAAAUGAUGGAACAUCAACUCGAUCAAGACUACAUUUUGCAUAGUGAUGAAAAUCUUACAGUGAGAGGAUUACUUUUAAAAAGUGACCGUGCUUCAAGAGGAGAUUAUCAUUCACAUUUACAACACUGUGAUUUUGGAGCACCAUUUGUUUUACGAAAUUCUGAUGGAGGCUAUCGACGACGCACGUCAAGUAAUGUUGGACAAUUAUCUUGGGAAUUUCUCUUCUCAGGCAAGAACCAUGACCACAACAACAACAAAAAUUCAUCAAGCAGCAGCAGCAGCCAUUCUCACAAUGUAGACUUGUCACCCAUGAAAAAGAAGCAAAAGAAGGAGAGCGAUGCAUGUUAUUAUAGCUUCAAAAAUCGCUUGAAUAUUCAACCAGUGGGAGAAUUUGAGAUUACACAAACAGAUACUCUCAAAGAAAUGCUCAAACACAUGUAUCCAACAAUGGCUGACUAUUGCUUGUGCUUUUUGUGCAAGACUGCAGAUGUUGCAGGUAAAUUCGAUGCAGAAAAGGCCAAACAACUAGGCAUUGUUGGAGUAGAUCGAGGAAGACUUGUCAAAGGUGAAACCAUCCAAGUGAAUGGGCACACAAUCAAACCUGAAGAUAUCAUUAGUCCUAUAACACCUGGCUCUGAAGUAUUGAUAAUUAAUUGCCCCAAUGAGCAUUACUUGCCAAGCUUGUUGUCAAACAAACACUUUGAAAAGUACAUGAGCUCUGUAGUAUCAGUGAUACACUGCGUUCCUCAUCGUAUUCUCACAACUCCUGAAUAUCGAGAAUUCAUGGACAAAUUCAACAAGGAAUGUGAUCACGUUAUUGUUAAUGAAGACUCAACAAAGGAUGCCUCAUCAUUUGUUUCCUCGUGCACCAAUAUCACCGAAUUCAGUUUAGUGGAUAAGGAAUUGUUUACGCAAUGUUUAACACCUAAUUACAAGAAUGACUCUGACUCGAAUAGAGCUCAAGUCAUUGAACAACAUCCAAACUCGAAAGUAUCAUAUGGAGAGAGCUUGACGAGGUAUAAUCUUAUUCCUGUUCGAUAUAGAGGUUUGGACAACAGCAAAGUCUCAUAUAUUCACAAAAUUGAUCCAGAAACAGUUGAGAAAACAUUUUAUCAAACUUACCCAACCAUUGCCAAACAUUUGACCGAAUAUAAGGAAAAAGUUGCCAAGGAGAGUGACCUAGAUCAGACAUCAGCUCACCCACAAGCCAAUAUUUUAAAGCGUUGCAGCGAUGAAGAGUUUGAAAUUAUUUUCUUGGGAACUGGCUCUUCCAUUCCAUCCAAGUACAGAAAUGUGACUGGAAUUUUAUUGAAUUUGUUCGAUAGGGGAGCAAUUUUGUUUGACUGUGGUGAAGGAACAUUGUCCCAAAUUUACAGAGCGUGUGGAAAAGAAAAGGCAGAAACCAUUUUGAAAAAUCUCAAAUGUAUUUGGAUUUCUCACUUGCACGCUGACCAUCACUUGGGGUUGGCCCACUUUUUAGAAGAACGUUCUGAAUUAACCAACGACAAGGUUGUAAUAGUUGCUCAAAAUCGUAUCAAGGUUGCUCUCUCAGAAUAUAUUUGUUGUUCCAGCGACACCAAGUUUGCCUUUGAUUUUGUGCCAAUGAAAAAUAUCACUCCAGAUACGUACAGUCCAGAUCAGAUAUUGAUUGAUCGUGUCUUUGCUCCUCUUGGCUUAAAAUCAAUGGUGAACGUACCAGUAGACCACACAUGUAGUGAGGCGCAUGGUAUUGUUGUGACUCAUCAUAAAGGAUGGAAAGUAGUAUUUUCAGGAGAUACAAGACCUUGCCAAAGACUCAUAGACGCUGGUAAAGACUGUACAGUGCUUAUUCAUGAGUCAACCUUUGAAGCAUCACUUCUCCAAGAUGCCAUCACCAAGAAACAUUCGUGCUCAUUUGAGGCCAUUCAAGUUGGUGAAAAGAUGAACGCCUAUCGAACCAUCUUGACACACUUUUCACAACGAUACUGUAAAUUCCCAAUUGUAGAUUCACACGAUUCAGAUUAUGCUGUCAAAAACGUUGCAGUAGCACACGAUUUAAUGCGAUUGAAUGCCAAAAAGCUUCCCAAAAUUCCUCGUGUGAUGGAACUUUUGAAAGAUUUCUGGUCCAUCAUUGAAUUGGAUGAUUCUGCAUUUAUCAAUAACCCAAUCUCUGAAGAUCAAGUGAAUGACUAA